AUGUAUGAGCCGACACUGUCACCCAGCCAUCACCGUCGCGUGAGCUAUCCCAGGCGAAAACGGAUCUCAUUGCAGAUUGCACUCCUCUUAUUCAUCCUCGGCUACCUGGGUAGGACAGCUCUGUACUCGCUUGAGAAUAGUCGCAGCCAGGCGUGUCCCCGAGACUCGAUCACCUUGAGCAAAGAGGAGACGCUGUCGUCGUCGGUUGACAGCGGGUCAAUAAAGACCGGGCAAGAAGACAGCGCCCUGCCACGAGUGCUCGAUGUGUCCUCGGAAACUCAUCAGUCAACAUCUCACGCCGAGGUGAAAGAGACAAGGCCCGACGAUGUCGACAAAGAACUCGACCAAUUUGUCGAAUCUCUAGAGAAUGUGCUCUUGACCCUACCGGACCCGCCUGAGAUCAUCGACACAAUCGGCCCGAUCGAAGGUACGGGUGAAAUCAUGGUUCGCGAGAUAGGGCUUCGAGCGCGCCUGUUCAAAAGUGCGCUGGAUGCUUGGGAAGCUUUGCAAACGAUCGCCUCUGACAAUCGUCUCCGUCUUCGAGGUGAUGUACUCCAACAGCUCAUGCAGAAUCCGGAAAUUGCAACCCGUCUGGAGAUGGAUCACACGGCUCUGAUUCAUAAGUAUGAAGAGUUCCAUUCCUACUUCGUGGCACUAUCAGAGCGUCUCUUUGCCUGGACGUUGCCGUAUUUCCCAGACUUGGUCGCCUUGCAUGCACAGCUCUGGAGUGGAGGGAAAGGGAUCGUCUUGACGGGAGGAAACCAUCAAGCGUCCUACCUGUUGACCUCGAUUCAAUCUCUGCGGGACAUGGGCUGUGAAUUGCCCAUUGAAGUCAUGUAUCUUGGAGACGAGGAUCUGGGCCGGCUGAACCGGAGGAAACUGGAAAAGAUCAAGGGAGUCAUCACGCGAGAUCUCAGUCCCCUCGUCAACGAUCGAGGAUGGAAACUGAAAGGCUGGGCCCUGAAGCCCUUUGCAAUCAUGCUGUCCAGUUUCCGCGAGGCCAUUUUCAUCGAUGCGGAUUCGUUGUUUCUGCGCGAUCCAUCCAUUCUGUUCUUGCACCCAGACUACCAGAGGACAGGCGCACUUUUCUUCAAAGACCGAAUCAUCGAGCCGGCGUCCAAGCUCGCCUGUCAUAUGCAGGAGUCCGGGGUCGUUGUGGUGGAUAAAUGGAAGCAUUUUGUGCCUCUAAUGGUCAUCACUCGACUGAAUGGACCAGAUCGUGACGGAAAUGCGUUUGAAGGCCGUGUGGGUGUCUAUGACAUGGUUUUUGGCGACAAAGAGACCUUCUGGCUCGGCUUCGAACUCGUCGGAGACACCAACUACGCCUUUCACGAUGGCAAAGUAGCCAUUCUCGGCGUCGCAAAACCAGACUCACCAACGUACAGCCCCGCGCCAGACUUCGACACCCCAAGAGACGACAAUUCCAGCUCCUCCUCAAUAUCCAUCGUCGACACCAGCAAGAAGACAUUCUCUAUAUGCGCCCCUCAACUGCUCCACCUCGACGUGGAUGGUCGACCACUCUGGUUCAAUGGGUGGUUGCUUCCGAGCAAAUUCUCCGAUGAUCCCCGGCUACAACCCGUUAACUUCACCUCUUUUAUUGUCGAGUCGGCUGACAGCGAAAAUCCAAGUCCGUGGGAGGUCAAGGAGGAUAACGUGCUGUGUUUAUCGUCGGAGAAGGUGGUUGAGUUGACACUGGCGGAGAAGGAGUCUCUUGAUUCGACAGUGAGAACGGCGAGGAAAGUUGGGGCGAUAGGGUAG